AGGAGUGGCCACUCUGGAGGGCGAGCAGGAACCGAGGGGGGCGGAGCCGCCCGCUGGCGGCCGUCUGGUGCGGCUGCCCGUGUUCUCGAUGAGCGACCCCUUCGCCUCCCUGCUGCUGAACGGCGUGAAGACCGUGGAGACGAGGAAGAGCGCGGUGCUGGCGGCGGCGGGCGCGGGCCCAGUGUUGCUGCACAUCGGGCGGAAGACGUGGCCCGGGCAGGAGUGGGAACACGAGCUCCUCCGCCAGGGCAUCCCCGAGAUGCAGUGGGGCAAGCUGACGCGUCCGCGGCUGCCGUUCCGGAAGGGGUGCAUCUGCGGCGUCAUGGAGCUCGGGGAGACGCGUGCGCUGACGGAGGCGGAGAUGAGCAGCGAGGAGGUGCGGGACGCCGUGGUCGCCCGCAGGGAGAACAUCGGCCGCUUCGCGACGCCGGUGCUCUCGGCCUCGUGGCUGCGGCGGCCGAUGGUGUGCUCGGGCCGGCCCGGCGUGUGGAACGCAUGGGUGUGGAGGGACAUGCUUCCCGAGGACGUCGCCGACAGGGUGCCCGAGGAGGACGGCGAGGACCAGCCCUGGGUGACUCCCGAGGUCGAGGGGCCCCGGCCGAAGCUCGUCGUCUUCGACCUGGACGGCUGCUGCUGGCACCCCGAGAUGUACAUGACGACGGGGGGCGCGCCGUACGGGGGCACCGACUCGACGGGCCGGCGCGUGCUCAACUCGUCCGGCGAGGAGGUGCGGAUGCUCCGCGCCGCCCAGGGCGCCUGGGGCGACCUGUGGGACGGCGCGGGUGG